AUGCCACCAGGAGGUGAAGAAGAAAAGCGCGUUUCGGAACACAUCGAAAAAGUCAACACACUUCUUUCCGAAACGGAAACAUUUCUCGCGCGUCUUGAGGUGCAAAAACACGUCUUGACGACGAAAAUGAGAACUCAAACGGGAGUACAAGUAUAUCCGGACCCUGGAGUGCAGAAUCAGGAAACACCGGUGGGCCGCGUAGAAUUACUCAGACUUCCUAUUCCAGAAUUUAACGGCAAAAGCUGGCAGUGGGACAAUUUCUGGGAAUUGUUUAACGCCACAGUGCACUCAUUCCCACUCUCAAAUUUACAGAAGUUCAAUUACUUACUGAGAGCAUUAAAGGGAAAGGCACGACAGUCUGCAGAACGCUUUCAAGUGACUGCAUCAAAUUAUCCCCUAGUGUUGGAACACUUGCGGGAAAAGUACGGCAAUACGUCUGCAAUCAUAACUAGUCUACAUGAAAGAUUAGAGACUUGGACUGCACGAAGUACUGACCUCCAGGACCAGUGCAACCUUUUCGACAAGAUUUCAUCACUCACUAAGCAGCUCGAAAGCAAAGAAGAGAAUCUUGAUAGCCCAUGGUUAUUGUCCAAGAUCCUUGCAAAAUUCAGGCGAGAUAUCCAGAGGAGGGUACUAGAGAAAAGUCCCAUUACCCGCAGAACAGGUCUGGAAUCUCAAGAAACAGAUGGAAACGCUUGA